CGGCGUGCCUGGCCGGGCCGGGGUGCGGGGUCGGUACCGGGGCCGCUCCCGGGGCACCGGGACCCACGUGGGCACUGACCGGGCGCGCCUGACGUCACUCUGGGGGCGGGGCCUCCACCGGAAGCGGGGCCGUUGCCCGGCAACGGCGGCGUGGCGCAGCCAUGGCGGACCCGGACCCCGGGCCCAUCGUCACCUUCGGCAGCCUCAUCACCGAGGGGACGACGCUGAGCCGGCGCGGGCAGCACCACAAGGCGCUGGGCUGCUUCAACAAUGCACUGAAGCUGAGGGCAGGGGACAAGCAGUGCCUUAUCACCCGCUCCAAAUGCUUCCUGAAACUUGGGGACACAGAAAACUCCUUGAAGGAUGCUGAAGCCUCGCUCCAAAGAGACAAAGCGUUCACCGAGGGGCUUUACCAAAAGGCAGAGACCCUCUACACCAUGGGGGACUUCGAGUUCGCGCUGGUGUUUUACCAUCGAGGCCGGAGGCUCCGCCCGGACCAGCACAAAUUCCAGCUGGGCAUCAACAAGGCAGAGGAGGCAAUUAUGAACUGCAUUGGCAAUCCAGCCUCGGUGAAGCUGGAGAACAAGGAGGAGCUGGGCUUCGUGAGCAGGCAGGCAGAGAGCAGAAAAAACAACCAGAAACUGCAAAACAUACCAACAAAGGAUCAAAAAGGGACAAAAAAGAAGCAGCGUGUGAAGAAUCCAAAAACAGAACGAGAGCUUCUGGGACAGCUUUACGAUGACAAGACCUUCCUGGAGAAGUUGCUCAAGGAUGAAGACUUGAUGCAGAUCAACCUGAGGCAGGGGGGGAAAGUCGAAGACCUGGUUUUGGAUGGCAUCUCCUACCUGAACCAGCGCCGGGACUUCUGGCAGCAGCAGAAGCCGAUCUACGCCCGGCUGUACGAGCGCCGGCUCCUGCAGCAGAGGGGGAUCGGGGACAGGAAACGGAAACCGGCUGAAGUUGCCAGAGCCAUCGCCAAGGACAUGGAGGAUAUUGAGCUGAUGCUGGCCAGAGGCUCUGCUGAGGAAAGCUGCAGGAAAGCUGAGCGUCUCCUGAAAAAGAUACAAGGGCGGGCAGAGAAUGAACUUCCCAACAAGAGUGAACUGAUUGGGACCCUCCACAGCUGCAUUGGGAAUGCACAGGUGGAGAUGGGACAGAUGGAGGCAGCUCUGCGCAGCUAUAGGAGGGAUCUGGAUUGUGCCAGGCAGAAUGCUCUGCCCGACUCCGUGUCCCGGGCCCUGGACAACAUCGGCCGCGUGUACGCCCGGACCAGCAGGUUCCAGCAGGCCAUCAACACCUGGGAGAAGAGGAUUCCAAUGGCAAAAUCCAGCCUGGAGAAGGCCUGUCUGUUCCAUGACAUCGGUCGGUGUUACCUCGAGCUGGGUGAAGCUGAAACAGCCCAAGACUGUGGACAGAAGUCUCUGGAGUCAGCGGAUGAAGAGGGAGAUGAGGAGUGGCAGCUCCACGCCACUGUGCUGGUGGCACAGGCACAAGUGAAAUUAAAGGAUUACCGGUCUGCGAUCCUGAACUUUGAAAAGGCCCUGGAGAAGGCGAAGCUUGUGCCCGACCAAGCUGCUCAAAACACCAUCAUUGUGGCCUUGGAUAAAGUGAGCAAAAGCUACAUCAAGCAGCUGAGCAAAGGCGGCAAAGAAGCGACAGUUCCCUCACGGAAAGAUCGUGACACAAAAAACAAGUUGGAGAAGGACAGAGAGAGGGAGGAAGGGGAACAACGCAUGGGAAAUCAAGAUGAGAAGACAAAAGAAGAAGCCAAGAAUGAUGGAAAAACCACAAAAAACAACAAGCUUAAGAAGGACAAAGAGAGGGAGAAAGAGGAACAAGACAUGGGAAAUCAAGAUGAAAGGCCAAAAGAAGAAACCGGGAACGAUACAGGAAACACAAAAAACGAGUCUGAGAAGGACAGAGAGAGGGAGGAAGGGGAACAAGACACAGGAAAUCAAGAUGAAAAGCCAAAAGAGGAAGCCGGGAGUGAUACAGAAGCACGUGAAGAUGCCAGUGAUGGGGAAACGGACAAGGAAAUAAAAGAAAGCAACGGGGAAAAGUAGAGCAGAGGCGGGAAGACUAAAUAAUAAAUGUUGAAUAAGAGACAUACCCA